GCUUCGGGGCAGCAUGGAAACGAAAACAGCGGGAUAAAAAGUUAUUUUCAUUCUUCCUAUGGAAAGAAAAGCUCCAAGUACAGGACCAUGGGGUAUGGGCAAAUCCUCCACCGGCAUGGGAAUGAGGAGGACCGGGUCCACCUCAAUGUGGGAGGGGUACGGCACCAAGUGGACCCGGACAUGCUGCUCCGCUUCCCCCACACCCGCCUGGGCCGUCUGCUGCUCUGCCAGAGCGAGGCGGCCAUCCUGGAGCUGUGUGACGACUACAGCCCCGCCGAGAGGGAGUACUACUUCGACAGGAAUCCCCGGGUUUUCCUCUGCGUGCUCAACUUCUACCACACGGGUUGCGUCCACAUGAUGGAGGAGCUGUGCGUCUUCUCCUUCAGCCAGGAGAUCGAGUACUGGGGCAUCCAGGAGCUGCACCUCGGCCCCUGCUGCGGCAACUGGUACCACGAGAGGAAGGACUACAUCGAGGACGGAGACUGGGACAUCAGGAGCGACGACCAGCAGCACCCGAGCCUGGACUCCUCCUUCGAGGAGCUCUCUGCCCUCGACAAAGACCUCGCCAAGUUCAAAGGUGCCUGGUGUGGAGACUUGAGGAGCUACAUUUGGCUUCGCCUGGAGGAUCCGGGUCACUCCACGGCGUCGAAGAUCAUCGCCGUGGCGUCGCUCAGCGUGGUGUUGACGUCCAUCGUCGCCAUGUGCGUCCACAGCAUGCCCGAGUUUCAGCGCGUGGACGACAACGAGAAGCCCAUCGAGGACCCGGUCCUCACCGUCCUGGAGGAGAUUUGCAUCGCCUGCUUCUCUGUGGAGUUCAUUAUCCGCCUGAUCGUUGCCCCCUCCCGGAGGAAGUUCCUGGGGAACCCUUUGAACAUCAUCGACGUCGCCUCCAUUUUGCCGUUUUACGCCACUUUAGCUCUGGAGACGGCCGACGAGGAGGCUGCCGAGGAGAACGAGGACAUCGAGAACGUGGGGAAGGUGGUGCAGGUUCUGCGCCUCAUGAGGGUCCUCAGGAUCCUCAAGCUGGCUCGCCACUCCAUCGGGCUGCGCGCGCUGGGCGCCACCGUCCGCCACAGCUACCACGAGGUGGGUCUGCUUCUCCUCUUCCUCUCAGUGGGAAUCUCCAUCUUUUCCGCCCUCAUUUACUCUGCGGAGAGAGAGGUGGAGCACACGGACCUCGGGACGAUUCCCUCGGGCUGGUGGUGGGCCACCAUCACCAUGACCACCGUCGGGUUCGGGGACACGUGUCCAGUGACGCCCGCCGGGAAGAUCGUGGCCACCUUGUGCAUCAUCUGCGGCCUGCUGGUGGUGGCUCUGCCCAUCACCAUCAUCUUCAAUAAGUUCUCAAAGUACUAUCAGAGAAACAAAGCCAUGGAGGGACAGUGCAUCGCAAAGCCCGAAAGACAAGACCCAGAGCUCCACUAUAACAUCAGAGACUUGUUCACGGGCAGCGUUUACCCCUUUAUAGGCGGCGUCGCCUUCAGGAACAGUGUGAGCAGCGCGGGGGACGACACGGAUGCCUCCAGUCUCCAGGACAUCGACUUGUAUGAUAAUGGAACUUGUGAAAAUGGAGCGACGAAAUGAGAUUCCUGCCAUUUGACCGGGUACCACUCCCUUUAUGACUGAAACUCACUCCGUGCCUCUCAGGGCAGAGCGCUCCAUCACUGACCCUGCCUCCCUGCACUGUUUUCCUCCAGCAAUUUGACAGAAAAAUAUUGUUGCCAUAAAGAUUUUUUUUUUUUUUUUUUAACUUUCUUUUUUCUAGAAGGGAACAGCUUGUGAAAUAUACAAGAGGGCUAAAUCUAUGAAAUGCAAAGGGAAUUAUCUGAACCUUGCUCAGAGGUUUGAAAGCCCAUUUUCUGCUUGAGAAAAUUGCAAUGAUGCAUGUAGGAGGCCAUAAUGUUAAUGUUUUUUCAAAGUAAUGUCCUGUAUUGAUUUGCCUGCCCGCUGGAAGUUCACGCCGAGGGUUCGUCAAAUCCUGAAGUCUAGACCGACGACGGCGCUGCUUGAUGUUUGGAAACGGUGUUGUAGACCUGAUGAUACACCGCCUGCAUGACCAAAAAUAAAUGCAUCUUGACUGAGAGUAAUAAAAAUAGUUGUGUAGAAUCAUGUAGUUUCUUUGAUGCUCGUGAAAAGAGGUCUC